AUGUCAACAGCGACUGAGAACGCCAAUGGCAACAGCAUUGGGGCCGAUGUUAUAGCCACAGAAGCUCUCAAUGGGUCUGACAGUACCACGGACAACAGCGACGCCAAGAAAGAGGUUUCCCUAAAGCAGCUUUAUGAACAAUCGACACAGUACAACCAUUGGCGAUACACGCAGAGUGCAUUGGAUGAACUGAGGAGCAAGGCCAAUCAGGAAGUUAUCGCCAUCAUCCGAGAAAAUAUUAGGGAGGAGCGCGAACAGAGGAUUGCACAAGGGCUGACAGUUGAUGAUUUGCCUCAGGAUCUCAAUUUCCUGACAGUGGAGGAGGAAUUGGCCUUGCUCGGAUUCUACCAGCGCAGGAUCGUGCAGAUCUUCCGGUACUGGAAGCUCCCAUCUUACGUGACGGCAACGGCAAUCGUUUACAUGAAGCGGUUCUUCUUGGAAAACACUAUCAUGGAUUAUCACCCCAAGGAUGUCAUGCUAACGUGCAUGUUCCUGGCGCGGAAGACUGAGAACUUCCUCAUGACCAUCGACGACUUCUCCAGCGUCUUCAAGAGCGGAGCAGAUCCGAUUCUGAAUCUCGAGUUCUUGGUCUGCAAGAACUUGCGCUUCCAUUUUGCAGUCCACCACCCGUAUCGUCCUUGCCUCGGUUUCUUUUACGACAUGCAGGCCGUUACGGACAAUAUGGAAAAGCUGCAAAAAGUGUACGAGGUAGCCUUGAAGUUGAUCGACACCUCUCUCUAUACAGAUCUGUGCUUCCUAUACCAGCCCUCGCAGAUUGCCCUGGCAGCCAUGAGGAUAGCAGCAAAGGACGAAUCCUAUGAUUUUGAGAGGUAUGCCAACUAUAAGUUCAAGUCGAAUGAAAGUGCAACGCAAAAGUACAAUGAGACCCUGCUACCGAUUCUACAGGAGAUCGAGCGAGUCCUGAGCGAGGAUCCGCGGUGCAUAGAAGUGGAUAAGGUGGUGGCAACAGGAAUCGAUGAGCGGCUCAAGCUCUGCAAGGACCCGGCCAGGAAUCCAGACAGUCUCAUGUAA